AAACACAAAUCAACACAGGCACACUUCCCUCUAGCCCGCACGCACUCAUCCCUAGAAAAAACAAACCAAACACUCUGCCCUCAGGCCUCGAAGAGAAGAAACUAAAAAAAUGCCAGCGCAAAUGCAACGCCCUCUGCUUCUCCUCCCUUUCUUCCUAACAACCCUCCUUCUCUGCUGUCAACCAAUCUCAACCGUCGCUUCACCGGACCCUACCUUAUCUCCAUCCAACGGCACAGAUUACAUCCGCUCAGGCUGCGGCGCAACAUUAUACCCCGAAAUCUGCUACGCCUCCCUCUCUCGCUACGCCAGCGCCAUCCAAAAUAGCCCCGGUCGCCUAGCUCGCGUGGCCAUCAAGGUCAGCCUCUUAAGAACAAGUCACAUGGCAGCCUACGUCUCCAACCUAUCCCGCCAAUCAGACUUCGGAGCCGACAACCGCGCCGCCGCUGCCCUUCACGACUGCUUCUCAAACUUGGGAGACGCCGUUGAUGAGAUACGCGGGUCGCUUAAGCAGAUGCGGCAGGUUGGAGCAGCGGGGCCGUCGACAGAAUCGUUUCAGUUUCAGAUGGGUAACGUGCAGACAUGGAUGAGUGCGGCUUUGACAGAUGACGAAACGUGUACGGAUGGAUUCGAGGAUGUGGGGGAUGGGGAGGUGAAAACUGAGGUAUGUAACCGUGCGGCGAUUGUCAAGAAACUUACAAGCAAUGCUCUUGCUCUUGUUAACAGCUAUGCUGCCACAGGAACGCCGUGAUAAACAACAUGUAUUUUUUUUUUUGAAGUAACUUUUUAUUUGGAUAGAGUGAGUGAGUGUGUGAAAUACAUGGUAGGAAAGGAGGGAGGAGCUUUAUGGUUUCUUGAAUCUUGACUGGGAGGAGACUGUUUGUUGUGUAUAUGUGGAUUAAUUUGCAAUUAGUUUUGUUAUCAGUAAUUUAAUUGUGUA